AGUGCAAGUUAUUAAGGCUUCAAACAGUAUAAGUUGUUAUAUAAAUUAACUAUUAAACUAAGCGAGAAACGUGUAACCGAAAGUGAUCAGAAAAGGAAGUGUUUAACAGAGUAGUGAAUAAACGCAGCUGAAAAAUGUCGCAACAACUUCCGAUACGCUUUCAGGAGCAUUUACAGCUCACCAACAUCAACAUCAAUGCGAGCUCGAUCUCGUUCACCAAUCUGACGAUGGAGUCGGACAAGUUUAUCUGCGUUCGGGAGAAGGUGGGUGAGACGGCGCAGGUCGUGAUCAUCGACAUGAACGAUGCACAGAACCCGAUCCGGCGGCCGAUCAGUGCGGACUCCGCCAUCAUGAAUCCGGCGAGCAAAGUGAUCGCACUGAAGGCGCAGAAGACGCUGCAGAUCUUCAACAUCGAGAUGAAGUCGAAGAUGAAGGCGCACACGAUGACGGAGGAAGUAGUGUUUUGGAAGUGGAUCACGCUCAACACGCUGUCGCUGGUAACGGAAACGUCCGUGUAUCACUGGUCAAUGGAGGGUGACUCGACGCCGAUCAAGAUGUUCGAGCGUCACUCGUCGUUGAACGGCUGUCAGAUCAUCAACUAUCGUACCGAUCCGAAGCAGGCUUGGCUGCUGCUAGUUGGUAUUUCGGCGCAGCAAAACCGUGUCAUUGGUGCAAUGCAGCUGUACUCGGUGGAACGCAAGGUUUCGCAAGCAAUCGAGGGACACGCGGCUUCCUUUGCCACCUUCAAGAUGGAGGAAAACAAGGAAUUGUCGACACUGUUUUGUUUUGCCGUCCGGUCGCAAACCGCAGCUAAGCUGCACAUCAUCGAGGUCGGUACACCGCCGGCCGGUAACGUCGCGUUCACUAAGAAGGCGGUCGAUGUGUUCUUCCCGCCAGAAGCGCAGAGCGAUUUCCCGGUCGCGAUGCAAGUGUCGCCCCGGUACGAUGUGAUUUACCUGAUCACCAAGUACGGUUACAUCCACAUGUACGAUAUCGAGACGGCAACCUGCAUCUACAUGAACCGCAUUUCCGGUGAUACGAUCUUUGUAACGGCGCCGCACGAAUCUAGCGGUGGCAUUAUCGGUGUGAACCGCAAGGGCCAGGUACUGUCGGUGACGGUCGACGAGGAGCAAAUCAUCCCGUACAUCAAUACCGUCCUGCAGAACCCCGACUUGGCGCUGCGCAUGGCCGUGCGAAACAAUCUGUCCGGUGCAGAGGAUCUGUUUGUACGCAAGUUCAACCAACUCUUCCAAAACGGCCAGUUUGCGGAAGCGGCAAAGGUGGCCGCCAUUGCACCGAAAGGCAUUCUCCGUACGCCACAAACGAUCCAAAAGUUCCAGCAGGUGCCAGCGCAACCGGGCACAAAUUCGCCGCCCUUGCUGCAAUAUUUCGGCAUUCUGCUCGAUCAGGGCAAGCUGAACAAGUACGAAUCGCUCGAACUAUGCCGCCCGGUACUGGCGCAAGGCCGCAAGCAGCUCUGCGAGAAGUGGCUGAAGGAGGAGAAGCUGGAGUGCAGCGAGGAGCUGGGCGAUCUGGUGAAACCGUCUGAUCCGACACUCGCCCUAUCGAUCUAUCUGCGCUCUAACGUGCCGAAUAAGGUGAUCCAGUGUUUCGCCGAAACGGGCCAAUUCCAGAAGAUUGUACUGUACGCAAAGAAGGUUAACUACAGCCCGGACUAUGUGUUCCUGUUGCGGUCGGUGAUGCGCACGAACCCGGAACAGGGUUCCGGGUUUGCGAGCAUGCUGGUAGCGGACGAGGAACCACUAGCCGACAUCAACCAGAUCGUGGACAUUUUCAUGGAGCAGAACAUGGUACAGCAGUGUACCGCGUUCCUGCUCGAUGCGCUCAAGAACAAUCGUCCCGCGGAAGGUGCGCUCCAGACGCGCUUGCUCGAAAUGAACCUGAUGUCGGCGCCACAGGUUGCCGAUGCCAUUCUUGGCAACGCCAUGUUUACGCACUACGAUCGCGCCCACAUUGCGCAGCUGUGCGAGAAGGCAGGACUGUUGCAGCGUGCCCUGGAACACUAUACCGAUCUGUACGACAUUAAGCGUGCAGUCGUGCACACACAGUUAUUAAACGGUGAUUGGCUGGUAGGAUUCUUUGGCACCCUCUCGGUGGAGGAUUCACUCGAGUGUUUGAAGGCGAUGCUGACGGCAAACAUUCGUCAGAAUCUGCAGAUCUGCGUUCAAAUUGCGACCAAGUAUCAUGAGCAGCUGACCACGAAGGCACUGAUCGAUCUGUUCGAAAGCUUCAAGAGCUACGAAGGGUUGUUCUACUUCCUGGGAUCGAUCGUUAACUUUAGCCAGGAUCCGGAGGUACACUUCAAGUACAUUCAGGCCGCUUGCAAGACCAAUCAGAUCAAGGAGGUGGAACGUAUCUGCCGCGAAUCAAACUGCUACAAUGCGGAGCGUGUAAAGAACUUCCUGAAGGAGGCGAAGCUGACCGAUCAGUUGCCUCUGAUCAUUGUGUGCGAUCGGUUCGAUUUCGUGCACGAUCUGGUACUCUACCUGUACCGCAACAGUCUGCAGAAGUACAUCGAGAUCUACGUGCAGAAGGUGAACCCGUCCCGUUUGCCGGUGGUCGUGGGCGGUCUGCUGGAUGUUGACUGCUCGGAGGACAUCAUUAAGAAUCUGAUCCUGGUCGUGAAGGGACAGUUCUCGACGGACGAGCUGGUGGAGGAGGUUGAGAAGCGUAACCGGUUGAAGUUGUUGCUACCGUGGCUAGAAUCCCGCGUGCACGAAGGUUGCGUCGAACCGGCGACACACAAUGCGCUCGCUAAGAUCUACAUCGAUUCGAACAAUAAUCCGGAGCGUUUCCUGAAGGAGAAUCAGUUCUACGAUAGUCGCGUGGUAGGACGCUACUGCGAGAAGCGUGAUCCACAUUUGGCCUGUGUUGCUUACGAGCGUGGCCAGUGUGAUCGUGAGCUGAUUGCUGUGUGUAACGAGAAUUCGCUGUUCAAAUCGGAAGCCCGCUAUCUGGUGCGUCGUCGUGAUGCGGAACUGUGGGCGGAAGUGCUCUCCGAGGCUAACCCUUACAAGCGUCAGCUGAUUGACCAAGUCGUGCAGACGGCACUGUCCGAGACGCAAGAUCCGGAUGACAUUUCCGUUACGGUGAAGGCGUUCAUGACGGCCGAUUUGCCCAACGAGCUGAUCGAGCUGCUGGAGAAGAUUGUGCUCGAUUCGUCCGUCUUUUCCGAUCACCGCAAUCUGCAGAAUCUGCUUAUACUGACGGCGAUUAAGGCGGAUCGUAGCCGCGUGAUGGAUUACAUCAACCGGCUGGACAACUACGAUGCGCCCGAUAUUGCCAACAUUGCGAUCAACAAUGAGCUGUACGAGGAAGCAUUUGCAAUCUUCAAAAAGUUUGACGUGAACACCUCAGCCAUCCAGGUGCUGAUCGAGCAGGUGAACAAUCUGGAGCGUGCGAACGAGUUUGCAGAGCGCUGUAACGAACCAGCCGUCUGGUCGCAACUGGCCCGUGCUCAGCUGCAGCAAGGGCUGGUAAAAGAAGCAAUCGACAGCUACAUCAAGGCGGACGAUCCGAGCGCGUACAUCGAUGUGGUCGAAACGGCAAGCAAGAACGAUUCGUGGGAGGAUCUGGUACGCUAUUUGCAGAUGGCGCGCAAGAAGGCUCGCGAAAGCUACAUCGAGAGUGAAUUGAUUUACGCGUACGCACGUACCGGACGGUUGGCUGAUCUGGAAGAAUUCGUGUCUGGUCCGAACCAUGCUGACAUUCAGAAGAUUGGCGAUCGCUGUUUCAACGAUCGUAUGUACGAGGCGGCCAAGCUGCUGUACAACAACGUUAGCAACUUUGCCCGGCUUGCGAUAACGUUGGUGCAUCUACGCGAGUUCCAGGGUGCGGUAGAUGGGGCACGCAAGGCUAACUCGACCCGCACCUGGAAGGAGGUGUGCUUUGCCUGUGUCGACGCGGAAGAGUUCCGGCUGGCGCAGAUGUGUGGCCUUCACAUUGUGGUGCACGCGGACGAACUGGAGGAUUUGAUCAACUACUACCAGGACCGGGGAUACUUCGAGGAGCUGAUUGGACUGCUCGAGGCCGCCCUUGGGUUGGAACGUGCCCAUAUGGGAAUGUUCACCGAGCUGGCGAUCCUGUACUCGAAGUACAAGCCGGCCAAGAUGCGUGAACAUCUCGAGCUGUUUUGGUCGCGCGUAAACAUUCCGAAGGUACUGCGGGCGGCCGAACAGGCACAUCUGUGGUCGGAGCUCGUGUUCCUGUACGACAAGUAUGAGGAGUAUGAUAAUGCUGUGCUGGCCAUGAUGGCACAUCCGUCCGAAGCGUGGCGCGAAGGUCAUUUCAAGGACAUCAUCACCAAGGUGGCCAACAUCGAGCUGUACUACAAAGCGAUACAGUUCUAUCUCGACUAUAAGCCGCUACUGUUGAACGAUAUGCUGCUUGUGCUAGCGCCCCGCAUGGACCAUACGCGUGCGGUUAGCUUCUUCACGAAGCAGGGUCAUCUACAGCUGGUCAAGACGUAUCUGCGGUCGGUGCAGAGCCUUAACAAUAAGGCAAUAAACGAAGCGCUCAAUGGGCUGCUGAUCGAUGAGGAGGACUACCAAGGACUGCGGACGUCCAUCGACGCGUUCGACAACUUUGACAACAUUGCGCUUGCGCAGAAGCUCGAAAAGCACGAACUCACGGAGUUCCGUCGUAUUGCCGCCUACCUGUACAAAGGAAACAACCGUUGGAAGCAAAGUGUGGAGCUGUGCAAAAAGGAUCGCCUGUUCAAGGAUGCGAUGGAGUACGCGGCCGAAUCGCACCAGGGCGAACUGGCGGAAGAGUUGCUCGGAUGGUUUUUGGAGCGGGGCGCAUACGACUGUUUCGCGGCAUGCCUAUUCCAGUGCUACGAUUUACUGCGGCCCGACGUAAUCUUAGAGCUCGCAUGGCGCCACAACAUCAUGGACUUUGCUAUGCCUUAUAUAAUUCAGGUGACGAGAGAAUAUACCUCCAAGGUGGACAAACUCGAAGCGUCCGACGCGGAGCGACAGAAGGAGGGUGAAAGCACCGAACACAAAUCCAUCAUCAUGCCCGAACCGCAGCUCAUGCUGACGGCUGGUCCCGGUAUCGGCAUGCCCCAGUAUGCAACACAGUACGCGGGCGCGUACGUGCCACCGCAACCAAAUAUGACCCCAUACCAGUACGGUGGUAUGUAAAAUUAUUGCACGUUGUUGUGUUAAAUUAGCUAGCAA